UUACACAUGGCGGCCUCUGCGCGCGCACGCAACUGAGCGUCCAGAACAACGUGCGCGCUCAAGAUACUAUUCCGUUUCUUUCUCGUGAAAACACAGACCGAAAAUGGGUGCUCACAAAACGUUGAGGAUCAAGAAAAAGCUUGCCAAAAAGCUAAAACAAAAUCGCCCCAUCCCACAAUGGGUGCGUAUGAGAACGGGUAACACCAUUCGAUACAACGCCAAGAGGCGUCACUGGAGAAGAACCAAGUUGAAGUUGUAAAUUGUCACAACUAUUGUAUACUUUAUAUAUCUUAAUGAUGGAUAAUAAAUUUACAUAAAACUAUAA